AUGCAAAUUACAUCCGGCACCUAACGUUUGGGCUCUUCCCUCAUCAGGCACUUCCUACAGAUGUGGAAAUGAAAAUUGGGAGCAUUUAAGUGGCUGAUGUGGGGUGACACGGGAACCCAUCUAGAGAAAGAAGCUCUGAGCUUUUUUUCUGCGUUCGGGCACGUAUUUUUCUAGUUGUAAGCAGGUGCGGGAUUUCCACUAAUGAGCCUCGUUUGUCAGCGAGAGUGUUGCUGGUAUUACUGAUUGAGCGUUAACAGAAGGAAACUUCCCUGGAAAUGUUCAAGGACUCCAGCAUGUGGCCAUCACAGUGACUGUCCCCCGGGGGCGCCCCCUCGUGGCCACCCCUGGAAGGGCUGGCCCAGAUAUCUGAGGGGCAGCUGCCUCCCCGUGGGCCGAGGGCAGGGCCCCUGGAUGGAGCUCGGGACCCGGACCCCUCAUGUCUGUCCUGCUGAUGCUGUGUGUGGCGCUCUCGGCCCUGGUGACCCCAGGCCAAGGUACCCGGCGAUGGGAGCCCUGCACAGACCUGCGCCCCCUGGACAUCCUGGCAGAGGCCGUCCCUCCACACGGCGCCACGGGAGGAAUCAGGGUGAUGCAGGCCCAUGGUGUGCGAGGACUCCAGCUCUCGGCCGCGGCCCCCCACGCCGUGAGCUUCCCUGCGUCGAGGAUUUUCUUCCGAUGCGACCUCUUCCCUGAAGAAUUUUCGAUCGUCAUAACUUUGAAAGUUCCCAAUCUUCCCCCGAAGCUGAAAGCCUCCAUCUCGUCGGCUCCUGUCCUGAACACGACUCCGGGAUUGGGACGCAAGGACUCCGUUCUGUGGACGAUCCCACGUGUGUCCCGCCCGUGGACUGGCUGUGCUGUCCCCUUCCUCUGCUCAUUCUGUACCCCGCUCAGUGAUGUUUGUGUGGGACUGUGUCAGGGGCCUCCCUUACCCCGGGGCCUCCGCAGAGGGCACUAGGGCAGCGCGAGGUGAACACGUCCUGCCCUGAGGUCACACUGCCCAGGGGCUCAAACUGCAUCACCCUGAAACCGCCUUUCAUACACGUGGCCUUUUUCUGUUGUUUUGAGCACAUU